AUGGAGUGUGAAGAAGAAUCGAGACUGCAGCGCAAUAGAGCGGCGGCACUGCAGCGGCAGGAGGCGCAUGCCGCGUGGAAGCGCACCUUCUUCCAGGCGAGGCCGGCGCCGCCCUCCAUUGGCCGACUGCACCGACGCCAGCAGGGAGUCACAAAGGACCACUCGUGCCACAACGCCUUUAACACCGCACUGGCACUGAAAAGGCAGGCGGAGGAAGAGACGUGCACCAGUGACGCCAAGGUGGAUGCCUCGCUUUCAUCUUUGCUAACGCUCACGACAAGUGCAGCGGCAGUGGCGGCUGGAACAUUGUCGAGUCAGGAGGUGUGGGUUGCGCAGCUGCAGGGCGAAUACGAGCGCCGCAACCCUUUCACCGACCUCAACGUCCGCUCAGACCCCCUGCGCACUGUUGUUAUGGCGAACCUGCACCCAGAGACGGUCGAGGAGGAUUUACGCCACUUUGCCGAUCAGUUUGGCCGCGUGCUAAACGUACGCAUUGUGCGCCAUCACAAGACCGGUAAAAGUCGUCGUUACGCCUUUGUGGAGUUUAACCUCGUCGGGGAGGCCCGCAAAGCCAUCCAGUUCCACCGCAAGAAGCGACUGAAGGGGUACUCGAUCAUCAUCGACAAGGAGAAGGGCCGCACAGAGCCAGGCUUUCUGCCAAAGCGAUUGGAGGCCGCCGCCUCCUUUUGGACCUCCCCCGCGAACGGGUUGAGCCCUGCCUCCUCGAUUGAGAUGGCAGAGGCGAAAAGGACAGACUCUGCAGCCUUGGGCCCCGGGAGUAUCAAGGCGAUACCCUCCAUGCCAGAGGACGACGAUGAUUUUCUCAAGGCGAUUUUGAACAGCUGA